UACCAAAUUCUCAAUAAUCCCCCAAUAUUUUCCUCCUUCUUCCAGCCUAGGGGUGGUAGCUACUUACAGCAAUUGUUACUUCCUUAAUAAUUUAGCAUCAUCUACCCCUCCCCCUGCUUUCCGUUAUCUACUUAACUUGAUACCUGGUUAAGUUCUUUAUGUAAAAUUAUUAAAUUUGUUAUUUCAAAUAUUUGGCCAGGAAUGCUGCAUAUUUGGAGGGGUGCUUUGGGGGUGAUGGGGAGAGGCAAACAGUGGCAAACAAUGGCAGCAGUUUUGAAGAAGUAAGUUUUCACACCGUAUUGCCAAAACCACCCAUGGGGUGCUCACUGAAGUCCAACCACCCUUAGUGUUAGCCUUGUUCAGACUGUCAGGAACCCUAGACUCACAGACAUUAGUGAUGGAGAUCUACAGUCUGGAGCCCCGAGGAUAUUUCUCCAACUUACAAAUUAUUAACAGUCAUGGAAAGACAGACAAAUUAAUUUUUUUUUUGAGUAGUUGCCAUGGAAGAGCAAAGUCUGUUUUUCACUGACAUUUCCUUUAAAGUAAAAGAACAAAAAAAAUAAUCCUUGAAGGUCAUUUUUAUUGCUUUACUCUUCAGUGAAAUUCAGGGAGUAUUCAGGGAACAUAAGAGGAGAGAUAUUUGAACUCCAGGCCAAAAGAAGAUAGGGGCAUACCUGUGUGUUUCCACGGUUCCUUGUUAAGGGGGAAAAAAGCUUUCAAGUUCUUGUAUGAGUAUUGACAAGUUUUUAUGAAUGGUUUUGUGGCAGGAGAACAUGAGUACAAACUGGGCUAUUCUGGAUGAAAUAGCUGCUUGCCUUCUUACGCAUUGCCAGCACGUUUUUCCUGCUUGCUCACCUCCCUGAAUGACUUGUUCUUGAGAAUAUGCUCCUGAAUGAUAUAUCUGAGCUGGCUCUCUUAUCUGAGAGCAGGAAGCUAGAAGGUCAGUGACAGAGCCACCUGCUGCUCUUUACUUUGCAGAGAUUAAGGAGUCUGACACAGUUUCUUGGACAUCCUAUGAAUGUUAGAAAAUAUGUUUUGGAGAGGCUGAAGAAAGAAGAGACAUGGUGUUCACAUUUGCUUCCAUGGAACCCAACAGAUCUUCCCUUGGGAAAAAGAUCUUCCCUAAAUAAGAAGGAAGCUAUUAAAGGAUUUCAUCCUCCUCCUUCCCUGUGCCCAAACUCUACCGAUCUCCCAUUCCAUGAAGAUGAUUGGGUGGAAGAAGAAACUCUGCAGGGGGCAUCACCUGUGGGCCCUGGGCUGCUAUAUGCUGCUGGCCGUUGUUGCUCUGAGACUUUCUCUCAGGUUAAAAUGUGACAUAGAUUCCCUGGAUCUGGAAUCCAGGGACUUUCGAAGCCAGCGCUGUAGGGACAUCUUGUACAAGUCCCUGAAGCUGCCAGCAAAGAGAUCCAUCAACUGUUCUGGGGUCACCCGAGGGGACCAGGAAGCAGUGGUCAAGGCUCUCCUGGACAAUCUGGAGGUCAAGAAGAAGCGGGAGCCUUUCACAGACACCGAUUACCUCAACAUGACCAGAGAUUGUGAGCAGUUUAAGUCCCAAAGGAAGUUCAUACAGUUCCCACUGAGCAAAGAAGAGUUAGACUUCCCCAUCGCAUACUCUGUGGUGGUCCAUGAGAAGAUUGAAAACUUUGAACGGCUGCUGCGAGCUGUGUAUGCCCCUCAGAACAUAUACUGCGUCCAUGUGGAUGAGAAGUCCCCAGAAACUUUCAAAGAGGCAGUCAGGGCCAUUAUUUCCUGCUUCCCAAAUGUCUUCAUGGCCAGUAAGUUGGUCCGAGUGGUUUACGCCUCCUGGUCCAGGGUGCAGGCUGACCUGAACUGUAUGGAAGACUUGCUCCAGAGCUCGGUGCCUUGGAAAUACUUACUGAAUACAUGUGGGACAGAUUUUCCUAUAAAGACCAAUGCUGAGACGGUCCUGGCCCUCAAGAUGUUGAAUGGGAAGAACAGUAUGGAGUCCGAGAUACCUACUGAGUACAAAAAGUCUCGCUGGAAAUACCACUAUGAGGUGACAGACACGUUGCACCUAACCAGCAAGAUGAAGGACCCUCCCCCUGAUAACUUACCCGUGUUCACAGGGAAUGCCUAUUUUGUGGCUUCUCGAGCCUUUGUCCAACAUGUCUUAGAGAACCCCAAAUCCCAACGACUGAUCGAAUGGGCAAAAGACACCUAUAGCCCCGAUGAACACCUCUGGGCCACCCUUCAGCGUGCACCGUGGAUGCCUGGCUCUGUCCCCUACCACCCGAAGUUUCACAUCUCAGACAUGACCGCCAUUGCCAGGCUGGUCAAAUGGCAGUUCCACGAGGGAGACAUCAGUAUGGGGGCGCCUUAUGCACCUUGCUCUGGAAUCCACCAGCGGGCUAUCUGCAUUUAUGGGGCUGGGGACCUGCACUGGAUUCUUCAGAGUCAUCACCUCUUGGCGAACAAGUUUGACCCAAAGGUGGAUGAUAAUGUUCUGCAGUGUUUAGAAGAGUAUUUACGUUAUAAGGCCAUCUAUGGGACUGAACUCUGAGAUACACCGUGAGAGGAUUGCUACCCAGGGGGCAGGAACAUGUACAAACGUGCCCAGAACAUGCUGGGACAGUGUGGGGUGGGAGAGCAGGGCUCUGGAAUCCGUGGCAUCUCCCUGGGUCAGGGGGCUGCUCUUGGAGUGUGAUGAGUAGAUUUGUUGCCUCGCAAAUUGCUGCCCUGGGUGAACACUGUUGUGUCCUCACCUCACUUCCAAUAGCUUCUCCACUGACUUUCCCACCGAGUUGGGAAUAAGAACCAGCUCUUUGGAUGAAUAAGGGAGGGAAGUGUGGCAGGAGACCCUGGAUUUUAGUUCAAUUCUUGGUAUUGGCUUUUUCACUCUUUGGAGAUGCCACUCCAAUUCCACUCUUUGGAGAUGCUUGGUAGUAGGGAGGGGACUGAGGGAAAAAAGGCCUUGUAUUUUGUACUAUUAGCUUCAAAAUAAAGAGCUUCUGAUUCAAAUCCCUGACUCUACUCUUUGUCUAGUAAGCCAGAGAUAAGAUAAAACUCUGAGACGUUUUCUCAUAACUAUUGGUGACAUUUAAAAUCCCUGGUGGCUAGCAAGAGAAUCCCCAUUGUUCCGGAAUGAUCAUGGCAAGCUGUAUAAAUGGCAGAUGCAAAAGAAUAUAGAGGAACACAGCUGACUCUUUCAUUAUUGAAAGCCCUCCUCACUUUGUUAACAUCGCCAGAUUCAUGACUUUUCUGUAAGGGAAAAGGCAGGGUGAUUUAACCAAUAUGACCCUCCAUA